GAACACCGUGCAUGCAGAAACGGAGGUGCCUCUUGUUGGGCUCGUCGGCCGCCGUAGCCCCUGCUAGGACAGCCCGUGCGAGCUUGCUGGAGGAGGAAGAGAAAGGCAGAGAGAAUCGGGUUACAAGAUGGCGGAUCUGUAGUAGUUACCGCGGCGGCGGCGGCGGCGAGAGAGCGAGCGAGCUCUGGGGGUCAAAGGGUGGGGAGGGUGGGUGUGUGCGGGGGUGAAGUGAGAGGUAACCGGGACUCCGGGCGGAAAGGUCUCAGUGGUUCUUGUUGCCCCUUCCCGCGGCUGAACCUUGGGAGCCAUGGUGAACUCGGGCCUCUCCGGAGCCGCCGCCGCCGCUGCAGCCACCGCCGCUACCGUCUCUCUAGAGUGAGGGGCGCGGACGAGGUGAGCAAGGAGGCGGCGGCUGGAGCUGUGGGGACAGCAGCCACCAUGUCGGAUACGCGGCGGCGAGUGAAGGUUUAUACCCUGAACGAAGACCGGCAAUGGGACGACCGAGGCACCGGGCACGUCUCCUCCACCUAUGUGGAGGAGCUCAAGGGAAUGUCGCUGCUGGUUCGGGCAGAGUCCGACGGAUCACUACUCUUGGAAUCAAAGAUAAAUCCAAACACUGCAUAUCAGAAACAACAGGAUACAUUAAUUGUUUGGUCAGAAGCUGAGAACUAUGAUCUGGCACUAAGUUUUCAGGAAAAAGCUGGCUGUGAUGAGAUCUGGGAAAAAAUUUGUCAGGUUCAAGGUAAGGAUCCAUCAGUGGAAGUCACACAGGACCUCAUUGAUGAAUCAGAAGAAGAACGAUUUGAAGAAAUGCCUGAAACCAGUCAUCUGAUUGACCUGCCCACAUGUGAACUCAAUAAACUUGAAGAGAUCGCUGACUUAGUUACCUCAGUUCUCUCCUCACCUAUCCGUAGGGAAAAGCUGGCUCUGGCCUUGGAAAAUGAAGGCUAUAUUAAAAAACUACUGCAGCUGUUCCAAGCUUGUGAGAACCUAGAAAACACUGAAGGCUUACACCAUUUGUAUGAAAUUAUUAGAGGAAUCUUAUUCCUAAAUAAGGCAACUCUGUUUGAGGUAAUGUUUUCUGAUGAGUGUAUCAUGGAUGUCGUGGGAUGCCUUGAAUAUGACCCUGCUUUGGCUCAGCCAAAAAGGCACAGAGAAUUCUUGACCAAAACUGCAAAGUUUAAGGAAGUUAUACCAAUAACAGACUCUGAACUAAGGCAAAAAAUACAUCAGACUUACAGGGUACAGUACAUUCAGGACAUAAUUUUGCCUACACCAUCAGUUUUUGAAGAGAAUUUUCUUUCUACUCUUACAUCUUUUAUUUUCUUCAACAAAGUUGAAAUAGUCAGCAUGUUGCAGGAAGAUGAAAAGUUUUUGUCUGAAGUUUUUGCACAAUUAACAGAUGAGGCCACGGAUGAUGAUAAACGACGUGAAUUGGUUAAUUUUUUCAAGGAAUUUUGUGCAUUUUCUCAGACAUUACAACCUCAAAACAGGGAUGCAUUUUUCAAAACUUUGGCAAAGUUGGGGAUUCUUCCUGCUCUUGAAAUUGUAAUGGGCAUGGAUGAUUUGCAAGUCAGAUCAGCUGCUACAGAUAUAUUUUCUUAUCUAGUAGAGUUUAGUCCUUCCAUGGUCCGAGAAUUUGUAAUGCAGGAAGCUCAGCAGAGUGAUGACGAUAUCCUUCUCAUUAAUGUAGUAAUUGAACAAAUGAUCUGUGAUACUGAUCCUGAGCUAGGAGGUGCUGUUCAGUUAAUGGGACUUCUUCGUACUCUAAUUGAUCCAGAGAACAUGCUGGCUACAACUAAUAAAACUGAAAAAAGUGAAUUUCUAAAUUUCUUCUACAACCAUUGUAUGCAUGUCCUCACAGCACCACUUUUGACCAAUACUUCAGAAGACAAAUGUGAAAAGGAUAAUAUAGUUGGAUCUAACAAAAACAGCACGAUUUGUCCCGAUAAUUAUCAAACAGCACAGCUGCUUGCCUUAAUUUUAGAGCUACUCACAUUUUGUGUGGAACAUCACACAUAUCACAUAAAAAACUAUAUUAUGAACAAGGACUUGCUAAGAAGAGUCUUGGUCUUGAUGAAUUCAAAGCACACUUUCCUGGCCUUGUGUGCUCUUCGUUUUAUGAGGCGGAUAAUUGGCCUUAAAGAUGAAUUUUACAAUCGUUACAUCACCAAGGGAAAUCUUUUUGAGCCAGUUAUAAAUGCUCUUCUGGAUAAUGGAACUCGGUACAAUCUGUUGAAUUCAGCUGUUAUUGAGUUAUUUGAAUUUAUAAGAGUGGAAGAUAUCAAGUCUCUUACUACACAUAUAGUUGAAAACUUUUAUAAAGCACUUGAAUCGAUUGAAUAUGUUCAGACAUUCAAAGGAUUGAAGACUAAAUAUGAGCAAGAAAAAGACAGACAAAAUCAGAAACUGAACAGUGUACCAUCUAUAUUGCGUAGUAACAGAUUUCGCAGAGAUGCAAAGGCAUUGGAAGAGGAUGAAGAAAUGUGGUUUAAUGAAGAUGAAGAGGAGGAAGGGAAAACAAUUGUGGCACCAGUGGAAAAAUCUAAGGCAGAAGAUGAUUUUCCAGAUAGUUAUGAAAAAUUCAUGGAGACUAAAAAGGCAAAGGAAAGUGAAGACAAGGAAAACCUUCCCAAAAGGACAUCUUCUGGUGGCUUCAAAUUUACUUUCUCCCACUCCACUAGUGCUGCUAAUGGAACAAACAGUACAAACAGUAAAUCUGUAGUGGCUCAGACACCACCAGCAAGUUCUAAUGGAUCCUCUUCCAAAACUACAAACUUGGCUACAUCAGUAACAGCCACCAAGGGAAGUUUGGUUGGUUUAGUGGAUUAUCCAGAUGAUGAAGAGGAAGAUGAAGAAGAAGAAACAUCUCCCAGGAAGAGACCUCGUCUUGGCUCAUAAAAUAUUUACUGGGGACCCUCAACAUGUGGUUGUACAAAAAUGCUGCAGCUGUUCAGUGAGCUGAAAAUCUGAAUCAGAAAGCUUUCUCACUUGAACUUAUAAAUAUACAAGGAAUAGCAAAAGACACUCAGUAUAUCAGCUAGGAGAGUUUAGCUCUGUAAAAAAAAAAAAAACCAGGCUUCCCAGGAACUUGAUCACUUGCUAGUAAUUAAUGGGUUUGCCUUUCAGGCUGUCAAAAAAAAAGUUAGUAACCAGAACCUGGGAGAUAGCUUCUCAGCAAGGGAACUCUCAGGUUUUGGGACGGUUUAGGGGAAGGACAAAGUUGAUAAAAUAAUAUUAAUGCAGGGUUGCUCCAGGAGGGUUUCUGAUUUAGAAACAGUUAUAAAACUUCAGUUGCAAACCCAAUAACAUUACUUGUAUAAUGGUGCUGGCCAUGUUGUUCUUUUAAUCAGUUGCCUCUUUUUAAAAGAAAUUUUUAUGGAAAACAAGUUCAACUAUCAUAAAAAAUGAAGUUAAGCUGUUGGGACCAUUUCUUUGAAGAUAUAACAGAAAUUCAGCCUUACUGGUAGGUAGAGGGAAAUACACCCUGUAUUACAGCACAUGUUGAGUUUUCUACACCAGGAACUUUCAAUGUGUAUUUUGAUGAAAACAAACAAGCUGGAUUCAAAAUGGGCAGUUUUGUUAAUAUAACUUUAAAAUCAGCACUUUUACAGAUAACAGAUGCCAAGAAUCAGUAUGGUAGUAUUCCAGAAUGAUUUUCUCUAGAAAUGGGAGUGGACUGAACAGAAUGUUUUCAACUGCCUACCAGUACAAUCUUUUGUGGAAGAUACUUUGAAGUCACUUUCUGCUUUGUUAAUAAAGUUGUCUCUCUCCAGAGCUGCAGGCAAGUUUUAAAGUGUAAUUUGUAAAGACUAACAUACAAAGAAUAGUGCUGAAUUAAGUGGCAUUUAAUAUCUACAGGCCAUUUUGAUCCAAGAAGUUACUUCAGUGUCAGAGUAUGCAGCACAUGAAGCUUUUCCAAGAACUAACAAGGGUGUAAUAUGAAAGCUGCUUUUUUUUUAAGAAUAAAAGCACAUUCCAUGUACGUAAAUGAAUAUAAAAUAAUAAACUGAGGCAAACAGUUAAGAGGUUUUAUUUUUAGAACAGCAAGUUAACUGUAAAUAUUUUAAUGUUAGUUUGCUCAUCUAUGAUCUGAGAUGCUGAAGUGAGAAAAACAUCCCCCAAACUACAAUUUAAUGCAUUGGGAAGAAAAAAACCAAAAAACUAAAAAUAGUAAUUCCAGCUACAGCCUUCAGAUCACCCUUGUAAUGUGUUACGGGUCCAUUUUUCCUGGAAUAGCUUAAACUGAAGCAGUUUCCCCUGUUUUGGAGAUUUUGUAGUUAAUUUUAAUUUUGGCUAUUGUUUGGAAGAUGGGCUGUCUGUGUAGAUACGAAGUAUAGUUUUUCCAUAAAACAGAUGUUUAUUUUGUAUUAAAAAUACCACUGUACUUGUUUUACACCAUUUGUAUACAUGUGGUGAUAUUAAUGCUGACCUGUAAAAUUCAGGAAUUAAAAUGUGACCCUGUAAUUCUAUGUUUGUUGCUUUUGUUUGGUUUCUUGUAAAUAUAAGUAAACUCCAUUUUGAGAUGUGUCCAUUUUACAAUAUCUUUUUAAAGCCAGUAAGUUAUCCAUAGAUAUUUAUUAUAGACCACUGUGUCAUACACCAAUCUGAAUGAAAGAAUUCUAAACAAGGGUCAAUUGCACAUAGAAGGUAUGCCUUGGACACAUAAAGUCCCAGCACCAAAGCAUCACAGCAUUGGGCUUUUACCACCUCUUUGAUUAAAGGUACAUAUAUUGAAAAAGACCUUCCACCUCAUAAAGGCAAGUGAAUCAGGAUUUAAACCAAGAUCAGUAAAGUUACCAUAUGAAUACAUUUUCUUUCAAGCAAAUUUUAUCAAGCCCCUUCACUCUUCUUAGCUCUUAUUAAAUUUCCUCUUGGACUCUAAUAAGCCCAACCCUAAAGCGUUUCCCUAUUUACUCUUGACUCUUCCUGAUUAAGUAAUUUUAAGUUCCAGUAGGAAGUAUUAUCUUUAUAUAUCUUAUGAAGUUUCUUUAAUUUUCCUUUCUGAAGAACUGCCACAAGUCUUUUAAAUCAUUUAAAUCAUCAUAGGAGAAACUUUUCUUAUAGCAGAAAUGUGAAUGUUUUGCUGAAUUACAGGAAAACACUUUUCAUGGUACAGAUGCUCACCCACAAUGAUACGAAAACAAGACUUAAAAAUAAUCCUUGAAAGAAUAACUAACUUAAGAUUACACGUUAGCUGCUGUCUUAAAUGUCUACCCUCAGGCAGAUCAAGAUUUUUAUCUUUAUCUUCACUCAGUGAAGCAAGCCGGAGCCCACAUUUGUAUGCCUGAGGUUCUCUUAAAAUUAUAUCUGUAAACAUGUAUGCAGUAUAGAAACUAUUUUUAAUAAAAAGCUAGAUGAACAGAUUUCUGUGUUUUAACCACUAGUUUUUCAACUUGUCCAUCUGUGAUGAAAAUGUGACAAAUAUAAAGUGAUGCUGAGUUUUCUCUGCACGUUGAAAGUUGGAACUAAUGUAAUUUUGGUAUCCCUUUUAAAAAGUUUAUAACGAUAGAUUUAAGGAGAUAAAAUGGAAUUGUAAGUUAAACUCAGGAGUGGCCCGUAACUAGAAAAGAGGGUGCUUAUGGGAUGACACAACACAGGAAGCUUCUGAAAGGAAGGUUUCUCUCCUACUAUUUCUGGUUAUUUUUUAGCAAAUGGACAACAGAACACUACCUGGGAUCACUUCACACACAGAAGACCUACACCCAUGGCAGAAUUCAGGUCAACAGGCUCAGGCAGUUGUUCCUUUAUCUGUUUUAAUGGUAGCUCUUCUAGAAAGAAAAAUAGAGUAUUUUUAACAUCCCCACGUCUAUUUUCAAAGUCCUGUUUGCGCCUGCCUCGAUGUGGGAUGCUAAAAUCUGUCCACCACCACCCCAGAGAACCACUCUUUUCAUUAGACUGAUCACCCUAUAUACCUGUUCACCCACAGCUACUCUAACUCACCCAGUAGUUUCCACACAGCAGCCACACAUCUUUUUUAAAUGAACAUUUUCAUCAUGAACCUUCCCUGCUUUAAAACUUUUCAGUGACUUCCAACUGCCACUAUAAAAUGUUUAAAACCCUCACAUUCCCUACAAGCCUUGCAAAUCAGCACCCUACCUAUCUCCAGUUCUGUGUGCUAACCCCCUCCCCUCAUUCUGUCUGUAUGCUAGCCAUACUGACAGCCGCAGGACCCUGUUUAUGAUAAAACACUGCCCUUUUCCCUUCUAACAAACACUUGGCUCUUCACUUGGCCCCAUGAAAGCAGGGACCCUGUCGAUCUACUAGGCUACUGUAUCCUUAGCAUGCAACACAAUGCUUAGCACAAACAAUGAAUGAAUGAAUGCACUAUCAGUUAGCUUUCUAUAUCUUCUCUCCAUGAGAGAACAUUAUUCAGAAAUUUGUAUUGAACUGGUCAGCAUAAGUAACUGCCUUCCCCGCCACCCUUUACCUCAAAUGUUUAAUAGUAACAAUAAGGUUAUAUUUGCAUUUACAAACACAAGUAUUUGAAACUAACAGGCUCUGUUUAAGGAUUAAAUAAUUUAUUUUUAAGAAAUUUUGAACUGCUUUGCUAAAUUGUUCUUAAAAUUACUUAUUAAUAACUUCUUCUUUAAGUUUCUCUGCAAGCAAUCUCCUCUUUAGUAAUGUUUGCUUCUCCUCUGCUGUCAUUUCUGGUUUCUCUGUCAUUUCCUUAAAAAAAAAUAAAAGAAAAAAAUUGGCUACA